GGUGACGUUGUCAUGAUCCGCUGCAUCGUGACAGUGGCUCUCCUUAGUAGCGCUGCCUGUCUAGCGCAAGUGGAUUGCAAUGAUGGCUCUUGCUGCUCAACAUACAUCGAAAUUAACGAUCCCCGCCGCAGCAUUAAGGCUAUUUGGGAACCGGGACAAGAUCCAAUAUGUGAUCGGGGACUCGGAUGGGGAUGGUAUCGUUUCACAAGCUUCGCUGGGGGAAAAAUGCCAGAAAAGAAAGUAUCACCGAACCGCUGUGGUACGCAAGCUCCAAUAUGGUUGGACGGAGUGCAUCCCUCAGCGAUAGGAGAAAACGUCGUCCGCAGAGCUUGUGUUAACGUUUUAGAUUUGAGCAACGGUUGCUUUACUUCGUUUGACAUUAAUAUAACAAAGUGUGCAGAUGACGUAUUCGUUUACUAUCUAAGACCACCAUGGUAUUGCGCAGUCGGUUAUUGUGCUGGCUUCGGGGAACCAUGUCCUUAUGGGAAAGAAGGAAAACCUCCUGACUGCCAUGACUUACCACAAGAGUUUUCUAGUGACGAUCUCGAUGAUCCAGAAAUCGCAGUCGCCGACGGUGAAGAAAUUGCAGUGACUUUGGUUUGUAAAGUCAACAUUCUCAACGGAAUCGCCAAUUGGAAAAAUGUGACGUAUAGGAUCGAAUGGUUUGCAGAGGGAAAUCUGCUAAAGACAGAAACAUUCUGUGGUAAUGUCCCCAUCGGCGGCCAAAACCCUGGUCCUUGUCCAGAUGCGACUCUGAUCUCCCAACUAUCAGGAGAAGACUACACAAUAGGCAGCUGGAUAUCGUGCAAUGUCUCUGCAAUGUUUACAACUUCCCCGAAAAACGUGUGGUCGCCGUCAAAAGCCGUACGGGAACCAUUCUUUGCAGGCAUACAGGUUUAUCCUAGAACUACCAUACUACAGCUUCAAAGUUGUGAUCUCAGCAUUCAACAGAUUACUUUUACACCAACGAUACCCGCCCGUGAACAUGAGAUCUUUGGAUACCCAAAGUUCUAUUUCUGGCUUCCCGAUGAAGUACAGUUAGUAAACCAGCAGCAAUGCGAAAUCGAGUUGAAAGGGACUACACCAGUUACUUUAAACAUAAAGGCAACCUGCCCUCAAAACACUCAAAUUUCCAGUGGACUUCGAGCCAUAGUUCCACAGAGAUCUCAAAUCCACGACCAGUUUUGGUUGCGUGCUCAUCUUCCAACAGUAUGGGUUACUAUUUUACAACCACCGGCUAAUACCAUAGAAACCUGUACAUCGAUCACAGAUCCUCAUUAUUCGUCUUUUGGAGGGUAUUUCGAUUUUAUGGGCCUUGGUGACUUUAUACUUUACAGGAAUACGGAAAGGAACUUUGAGGUUCAUACGAGGCAGUGGUCUUGUAACGGUGUAAAACCGGAAGAUCAUAAGCCCGGACAGAGAAGAGUCAGUUGCAAUUGUGGUGCAGUCCUUAGAGAUCACAAUGACGUGAUUGAGUUCAGCUGUUGCAACGAUUUUAUGCUUCGGGACGACACAACGCCUCUUACUGUCAAGAUACGAAGCAAGAAGUGCUUAUCUCCUGGAAUUUCCAUAAAAAAGGUUAUACCUGGGAGCAGUAGCAAAUAUGAAGUGCUGUUCCCAUCAGGAGCAAAGGUUGAAAUAGCAAGAAACUAUUGGGGACUUGAUGUUUCCCUUUUCACACCAAGGGCAAAGGACGUAAACAACGAAAGAGGACUUUGUCUUCACAAUCCCGCUACAAUCGAUGCGGAAGGAAUGAAGGAAAGGCUGGAGGUCGGUGAAAGCUUUUUUGAUACACUUCCGGAUGAAGUAAACGCAGGCUAUGUGGAAUAUGCCAGGGCAUGUUUGUGUCCCAUAGAUGGUCAAAACAAUGAAACUGAAUGCAAAAAUGUAUUUGAUGCCGCUUUUCCCACUCUGGUGAAUACACCGAUGCAAGAUGCCUCGCCUACAGAGUUGUGUGAUCGACAGAAGAGGGAUAUUCACUACUCCGAUGAUGUCACAGAUGAAGAUUUACAGUUAUUUAAGCAUACACUUCACGCGCAUCAUCGUUUCAGGAGGGCAGCAGCUGACGACCAAAUUCCUAAAGAAAACGCCACACGUUAUUGUGCUGAGAGAAUAUCCGACACUAAGCUUGGUAAGCUCUGUGCGCAGUUUGGAGUGAAUGUACAGCAGCUGGUUGAGACAUGUUCGGCUGAUUUAGAGUUUACAGGGGACCUCUCCUUUGCAAGUGGUAGUGUGGCAGUAUUAGUCGAACAGUGUGGAAUACUGGGUGCCAAAAAUCUAUCCAUGCUUGCAAACAAAAGUAGCGAAGCAAAUCCCGCGGCUAAAGCUUUGGUUGAACAAGUCGCUGAGUUGCUGUGUCCAAAUGAUUGUACUCUAAACGGAGAAUGUGUUAAUGGCUCCUGCGUAUGUUACAAAGACUACACAGCUUCCGAUUGCUCGGUGUCCAUCUAUCAAUUACCUACAAUCUCCAGGUUGCAGGAGGACGGCUUAUGUGACAGGCGCAAACGACCAUGCAAGAAGGUUACAGUAUUUGGCAUUGACUUCCGCAAUUCUACAAACAUGACUUGUCAUGUAAACGAAUUCAAGGUUGUUGAUAGCCCUUGGACGCCGAACAGUGCAGAACAGAGAUUCUCUGGUAAAAUGACAGACUUGGUACUUGUUGACUGUUAUUUACCACAGUCCCCGGUCACGCAAAAUUAUUUCUCAGACGUUGAUAGAGGGACUGCUGCCGCUGGCCUGAUGAUAUCUGUAUCUAACGAUGGUGAACACAAAAGCGUCAAAAAUCUCACCUUUUUAUCGUAUGAUUCAGCUUGCAUGACUUGUAACAUUUCUUCUGGAUGCUUCUUCAAGGGGAACUCUUGCCUGAUAAAUGGUUAUUGCUUCGCCCCAGACGAGAAAAACCCUACCGACUGGUGCUACCAGUGUCUUCCUAAGGUCAACACAACCUCCUGGACGAAACGUCAAGCUAACCUUCCACCCACGUUUUCGCCCACCACCGAGUACUUCGCUGUAUCUGGAGAAGCCUUGCAACUGACCAUUGAUGUUGUGGACCCAGAGGGCAUGCCUGUUACACUUUCACUAAUGCAAGGAAGCCCAACCAAAGCGUCGGUCGUCGACAAAGAUUUGAUUUGGAAUGCCACCAAUGAUACCUCGACUCAGUUUUUUCUCAAAGCAACAGACGCUUGUCAAGCCACAUCGUAUGCUAACAUCAGUGUGUCCUUGGUUGUCUGCCAGUGUCAGAAUAAUGGAACCUGUAUGCCCCACCCAAACAAGCCAAGAGGGUCAGGGUUUUAUGCGUGUAAUUGCAUGCCAGGGUUUACUGGGGAAAACUGUGAGACUAACAUCGACGAAUGCCAGUCCUUUCCAUGCAUUCGAGGUCGGUGCAUUGAUGGAAUCAAUACUUACAGGUGUAUCUGUGACCCUGGAUAUGUUGGUCGCAAGUGUGACACCGAUUAUGAUGAUUGUAGUUCUUCUCCUUGUGCCCAUGGAAAUUGCACGGACUACACCGGCGCAUACAGAUGUACUUGUGAUCCUGGAUACCGAGGGCUUAAUUGUACUGAGAAUAUUGAUGAAUGCGAGUCAUCGCCUUGCGCAUUUGGAGCAUGCAUCGAUCACGUUAACAAAUACUCGUGUGUAUGUGAUGACGGUUACAAAGGAUACGACUGCGACGUUGAAAUCGACGAAUGCCUGCCGUCUCCUUGCAUUCGUGGUACUUGUAUUGACAAAAUCAACAAUUUUACCUGUAUAUGCCCAACCGGUUUUACUGGAGUUAGAUGCGAAGAGAACAUAGACGAUUGUGUUUCAGCUCCGUGCGUAAAUGGGACCUGCAUUGACCUAGUAAAUAACUACACGUGUAAUUGCCAUGCUGGCUUCACUGGAUCAAACUGCGAUAUCAAAAUAAAGAACUGUACCGAAGAUUCCUGUUACCCUAAUGUGACUUGCUUCAAAAACAGCGAGAUUAUAAAUUGUGGUCCAUGUCCUUUUGGGCUCACUGGCGAUGGAAAGAAUUGCAAAGACAUCAAUUACUGCGUCAGUCAUGAGUGUAGAAACAAUGGAUCGUGUGUAGAUGGCAUCAGCAAUUACUCGUGUAACUGUCUGGACGGGUUUUCUGGAGAUCAUUGUGAGACUGACAUAGAUGACUGCGUUAAUCACACUUGCGCUAAUGGUGGAUCAUGUAUAGACGGUGUCAAUAACUACACGUGCAGUUGUGUGGCAGGAUUUACUGGAGAUCAAUGUGGUUCUGACAUCGACGACUGCGUGAAUCAUACUUGCAAUGUCAGUGGUGGUUCGUGCUUGGACGGUGUUAACAACUACUCGUGUAACUGCCUGGAUGGAUUUACUGGAAGCCACUGUGAGACAAACAUCGACGACUGUAUGAAUCAUACUUGUAAUCCCAUUGGUGGUUCGUGCGUGGACGGUGUGAACAACCAUACGUGCAUUUGCUUCGCUGGUUUUACCGGAGAUCAAUGUGAGACGGACGUUGAUGACUGUGUUAACCACGCAUGUGCUAAUGGUGCGACGUGCGUGGAUGGUAACAACAACUACUGGUGCAGUUGCCUUUCUGGGUUUAUUGGAGAACGAUGUGGAACUGAUUUUGAUGACUGUGUUAAUCAUACAUGUGCUCAUGGUGCGACGUGUGUAGAUGGUACUAACAACUACUCGUGUAAUUGCCUCGCUGGGUAUACCGGUGAACGAUGCGAAACUGCUGUCACCGUGCAUUCUACUCUUGUUAGCUACUCUUACAUGAGCAGAACAGUCUUGAGUUCUCAAUCAACCGAUACUUAUAUGAGUACAUCAGCCUUGAGUUCUCAAUCAACCAACACUUCAAUGAGUACAUCAGCCUUGAGUUCUCAAUCGACCAACAUUCCUGUAGGUACAUCAUCCUUGAGUUCUAAAUCAACCAAAAAUAGCGUAUUUCCCACGCAUCUGUUGACCAGUUCGACCACAAAAUCCAGUGCUUUACACCAAACACGAGCCACAUCCGCAGUCAAAGACUCCGUUAUGUCGUCUUCAGUGGUUGGAUAUAUUCCUACAAGCGAAGCCCGCGAAAAAACAACAACAUCGAAGCCAACAACGGAAGACUAUGAAACUGUGGUUGCGGUUGAAAUACGUAUUGAAAGGACAUGGAAUAACGAACUAAGGGAUAAAGCCAGUCCAACCUAUAGAGAACUAGCCUCCCUCAUUGAAAAUGAGGUACAAAAACAGUAUUCUGGGCUCAAAAACUUUAUUGGAGUACAAAUUGUAGCAUUCAGGCCCGGAAGUGUUGUGGUAGAAUUUAGGCUAUUAUUCAAGCAAAAAGUUUCAGAUGACACAGCGGUUGCUCCGUUGAAAAAAGCCGUGCAAAACGGCACUCUUGGUCCUUUGCCUGUCAACCCGGAGUCGUUAAAAAUCAUCGACAGAAUCCAAGACGAAGACCCAAAGAAGGAUGUAAAAGAAAAACUUCCUUACCCACUCAUCAUUGGUGCUUCUUGUGGUGGCAUAUUUGUCAUCGUGCUCGCCAGCAUUUGCCUCGUCCGCCACUGCCACCGUCAAGAGAGAAUUGAAAACCGGCGCGUUUCGAACGGGAUGCCUCCUGAGGUUCCUCACCCAAGCCCACAUAAUUACGAGCUAAAAGAAACGCGUUCUAAGGAGGACAUUGUCAACUACGAGGAGUUAGGUGUCUGGAAAGACACUGGCAUGUACGAGAAGUUGCACUUUUCCAAUGGAGAAACUCGUUACCAAGAAUUAGGCAUCCAUAAUAUGGCUGCUGAUUAUCAGGAAAUCGGGAAACCGAAUGAUAGUGGCCACUAUCAGGAAAUCGGAAUGGCUUACGAACCUGAGCGCUAUCAGGAGAUUGGUACUUUCAAAAUAAUCGGGAAAAAAUGAACGACAAAAUUGGCAUAUUCUAAAAUUUGCUUAUACACGUUCUUUCUCAAAUAGGUUGCCUGCUCUCAAAUUAUAGAGGACUCGAUAUUCAUUUUCCCUUUGCUGCUAAAUAAAAACAAAAUACAAGUUGACGGAAAACUCGUAUAAAAACGUAAUUGAAUCGAUUUUCCAAUUUUGCAGGACUACUUUUGAAAUUUUCAUUAAAAAAAGGAAAACGGAAAAGAAAGCCGACAGGAAAAGGGAUACAUAUCAUGAUUCCAAAACAAUGAAUUGAAUUACACAUUAUCUCUAAACACAGUUUGGGCAAAUCAGCUUUAAUUUCUGGCUCAAAUAUAUGUUGAUCAUUUCCAGGAUAACUUCACUUUUUCGCGUUUGGAAAUUUAUUUCAUCCCUAUCCUAAUGUUGCCUGCAGAACAUCACUUUAUCGUUUGAAAAUGUUUCUUGAAUAGUAAGCAACGAGGACGUUAUAGGCAAAGUAAGCGUGGUCACACUAAUAUAAUAAAACAUUU